CGGGACUUCCGCCCACGCCCCCUCCCCCGCCGCGCGUCGUCCUCGGCUGGAGGCGACUCGGCGCAGCUCGCUCUCUCCGGGGGCGGCGCAGGGUUGGGGUCACGCGGGAAGGGGCGGCGGCCGGGCGGUGCGCACUGCGUCUGUAGGCCUGCGGUCGGGCCACGUCUCCGGUCCUCUCUCCCUUAUCCGCCUCGUCAGGCUCGGCCGAGCGCAAGCGGUAAGAUGGCGGCGCCCAGGCCGCUGUCCGCCCGGCUGUCGGGCGUCAUGGUGCCGGCGCCCAUCCAGGACCUGGAGGCCCUGCGUGCUCUCACGGCGCUUUUCAAGGAGCAGCGGAACCGGGAAACAGCACCCAGAACGAUCUUUCAGAGAGUCCUGGACAUCUUAAAGAAAUCUACUCAUGCUGUUGAGCUGGCCUGCAGGGAUGCUUCCCAAGUAGAACAUUUGGCUUCCAGUCUGCAGUUAAUCACAGAAUGCUUCAGGUGUCUCCGGAAUGCUUGUAUAGAGUGUUCUGUGAACCAGAAUUCAAUCAGGAACCUGGAUACCAUUGGAGUUGCUGUUGAUUUGAUUCUUCUCUUUCGUGAACUUCGAGUGGAGCAAGACUCUCUAUUGACAGCUUUUCGCUGUGGCCUGCAGUUUUUAGGCAACAUUGCCUCACGGAAUGAAGACUCUCAAUCCAUUGUUUGGGUCCAUGCUUUCCCAGAACUCUUCAUGUCUUGCUUAAAUCAUCCAGACAAAAAAAUUGUUGCCUACUGUUCAAUGAUUUUGUUCACAUCUCUUAAUCCUGAAAGAAUGAAAGACCUGGAAGAAAACCUCAAUAUUGCGAUUAAUGUCAUAGAAGCCCAGCAGAAGCACCCGGAGUCCGAGUGGCCAUUCUUGAUUAUUACAGACCACUUUCUGAAAAGCCCGGAAUUGGUGGAAGCUAUGUAUGCCAAACUCAGCAAUCAGGAAAGGGUCACGUUGUUAGACAUUAUGAUAGCCAAGAUCGUGGGUGAUGAGCAACUGUCAAAGGAUGACAUCGCAAUACUUCUGCGCCAUGCCGAGUUGAUCGCAAGCUCUUUUGUGGAUCAGUGUAGGAAUGUGCUAAAGUUGAUCUCAGAGCCUCACACCGAGGAUCAGGAAGCAUUGGCCACAAUUCGGCUUCUGGACGUCCUGUGUGAGAUGACAGCCAACACUGAGCUGCUUGGCUACCUGCAGGUUUUUCCUGGCCUGCUGGAACGAGUCAUUGAUGUUUUGCGAGUGAUUCAUGUGAUUGGAAAAGACACUACAAACAUCUUCAGUCCCUCUGGGUGCCUAAAAGCAGAUGGUGACGUCUCACAUAUGACUGAGGGGUUUAAAUCUCAUCUCAUUCGUCUGAUUGGAAAUCUGUGUUACAAGAACAAAGAAAACCAAGACAAAGUGAACGAGCUGGAUGGUAUUCCUCUGAUCCUGGACAGCAGCAACAUCGAUGACAACAACCCUUUUCUCAUGCAGUGGGUGGUGUAUGCGGUGCGAAACCUCACUGAAGACAACAGCCAAAACCAGGAUUUUAUUGCAAAGAUGGAGGACCAGGGGCUAGCAGACGCGUCCUUACUGAAGAAAAUGGGUUUUGAAGUUGAAAAGAGGGGAGAGAAAGUGAUCCUGAAGUCUGCUAUUGACAACCCCCCACGUUGACUGGCCUCUCCAUCUGAAGUUUUGGAUUCUGUUUCCUGGCUAUCUCGUCUCUGCAGUAUGUGAAAUCACAAGUGUUUGAAGAUGUAGAAGUACAGGUUCGCGACCCUCUGAAUCCUUUAGUAUUAUAAUUGAAUGUGUGUAAGCUAAAGUGAAAGUUCCUGCGUGUUCUCUUUUCCUUUCAGUAAGUGUAACUCUCUGGUUCACCUCUGUUCCCCUGGGUAGAAUGUGCAUUCCAAUGAUAUACAUUGUACUUACUGUUGUAGCAGAUAAUAAACCCCUUUUAGGGCACAGCCCUUACUUGGCAAAGACUGGGACACUUGA